GAUCGGUCCUCGAGAACGUCUGGGGCUCGAUCCUUCACGUUCAUGAAAUCAAAUAAAAAAUUGUGAAUUUUUUUUUGAUUUUUUUUGCGUUUUUGAGUUUUGUGUUGAGUGAGCGUCUGAGGUUUUGGACCGAAAGUUGAGGGGUUCGGGGGUGGAUUUUUUUUUCGAGGAUUUGAAGAUCUUGUGCGUGAGGACUGCGGUGGCCAAGGUGCGCCCGAUUCGCCGCAGGUGGGUCCAGAUUCGCCAAGUCAAGAUGAGGACAUUAUUUCCCGUGUUCCUCACCGUAUUAGCGACAGUGACAGCGGAACCGUACUACACGGUCGUUGCUCCAAAAGUGGUGCGUCCCAAUUCUGAGUACCACGUAGUCGUUUCUACCACCGGUGUAUCAGCACCAUCGACCAUUGUCGUUGAGCUUGAUGGAGAGCUUGAUAAUGGAGAGGUCUUCAGGGUCUUCCAUGAGGACGUCGUCGAGCCAUACCAAACGAGAGUUUUCAAAUUGGAUAUUGGAGAUACGACACCGGGAAGAUACCACUUGACCGCGAAAGGAGUGAACGGACUUCUUUUUAGUAAUACGACGGAUGUUCAGUACAUGCACAAGAGCUACUCUGUGUUCAUUCAAACGGAUCGAGCUGUCUACAAGCCUGGAAGUAAAGUCCUCUUCCGUUGUAUAGUUUUGGAUUCGAGAUUGCGACCGGCACUCACGAGACAGCUUGAUGUGUACAUUACGGACGGCAGUGGGAACCGCAUAAAGCAAUGGACUCGUCCCUCCCUCACCCGUGGCAUCUUCACCGGAGAGCUCGAGCUCUCCUCCUCCCCGGUCCUCGGGGACUGGAAGAUCAUCACUAACGUCGUCGAUCAGACCUUCGAAAAGCCCUUCCAGGUCGCCGAGUACGUCCUCCCCAAAUUCCAGGUGUCCAUCGACGUGCCGAAACACUCGACAUUCAAAUCUGGCAAGGUCAUCGCGACUAUCCGUGCAGACUACACCUACGGAAAGCCUGUCAAGGGGGAGGCGACCAUCACCGCCUACCCGGACUUUUUCUCGGGUGUCCUCCAACCGAUCUUCACACCCCCAGUCCGCAAGGUCUUGCCCAUCGAUGGCAAGGUCACCGUGGACUUCGAUAUAGCAUCUGAACUCAAAUUAUCGGAUGAAUACGAGCGUCCGAUUGAGAUUGAAGCGACAGUCGAAGAGGCCCUGACAGGAAGAAGGCAGAACGUCUCAACCCAGAUGACCCUCCACAAGCACAAGUACACGAUGGAGUUGAUAAAGACUUCUGAGUACUACAAGCCAGGUCUGAAGUACACAGCCUUCAUCAAGAUCGCUCAUCAUGAUGGGUCACCAGUCAGAGACAGAACGAAUGCCGUCGUCAUCUCGUAUGGCUACACCUUCAAUCAAUCCGCCUACACCAACAUCACGAGGAUGCUGGAUGACAACGGCAUGAUCCAGCUGGACUUCUAUCCCCCGGUGAAGACGGACCCUGAUGAUGUGGCUUCACCUCUCAACAUUGAGGCUGAGUACCUGAACCUCCACGAGUGGUUCCCAGCUACCAAUCAAGCCAUGUCGCCUUCUGGAAGCUACAUCCAAGCGGUCGUCAGAACCGAGAGCCCUAGGGUCAACCACGAGGUGGAGGUCGAGGUUAAUUCCACUGAAGUGCUCAAGUAUCUCCAUUAUGAGGUCCUUGGGAGGGGGGAUAUCCUCUAUGCUGGCUCUGUCUCUGUGGAUGGCAAGGUCGGAACCUUCAGGUUCUUGGCGACUUAUGUGAUGGCACCAACCGCUCAUGUCUUGGUUUAUUACACGAAAGAGAAUGGAGAGGUUGUGGCUGAUGCCCUUGACGUUGAGCUGGAGGGAACCCUCCAGAACUUUGUCGAGGUGAGUGUGAAACCCGGCGAGACUGGACCCGGACAGACUGUUGACUUGAAUAUCACGAGCAGACCGAACUCGUUUGUUGGAGUUUUGGGGGUGGAUCAGAGAUCACUUCUGUUGAAGAGUGGGAAUGAUAUCAGUAGGGAGGAUGUCAUGAGGGAGCUGCGGGGGUAUGACAUGAGUGAGGAGAGCCCUUAUGAUGGUGAGGGGUGGAGGAUGUUCUGGAGGCCGGGAAGUGCUACUGCGCAGGAUGUCUUUGAUAAAACAGGAACGGUUAUUUUAACAAAUGCUCACGUACCCGAGAAUUUCCCAAUGCGGCGUCCAGGAUAUCUGGAGGGUAGAGUACGAGGCUCUGGCUAUGGGGAGUCAACCCUACGUCCUGACAUUGGUCCCCCAGUCAUCCACAGACUCGUCACAAGACCACCACUGGCUGGUCCCUACGCAUUCUCACGUAUCCCAACCCCUGUAUGGAAUAGGCCCCGUGUUUUCCUUAUGCAUGACAUCUCCAACACUUGGCUUUUCACCAAUUUCUCCUCAGGGCUGAAAGGAGAGACUGUUUUGCGGAAAACUGUACCUGAUUCCAUUACUUCAUGGGUUAUCACUGCGUUUUCUGUCGAUUCCACUUAUGGACUUGGACUCAUUGAAGCUCCAAGAAAGCUCAAAGUUUUCAAACCAUUCUUCGUCUCUGUGGACCUGCCGUACUCCGUAAUGAGAGGUGAAAUUGUAGCAAUUCCAAUAGUGGUUUUCAAUUACAUGGACCGAGAUAUUACCGCUGAUGUUACCAUCGAACACUCCGGACAGUUUGAGUUUGCUGAGGUUUCCAAUGAAGUCCAUGAUAAUGGUCCAAAGUUGGAGCUCUAUCGAACGAAACGAGUGGAUGUCAAGGCCAAUUCCGGUGCGGGUGUCUCAUUCAUGGUGAUCCCGAGGGAGCUGGGUUACAUUCCGUUGAAAGCCACAGCUACUAGUAAAAUCGCUGGAGACAGUGUUGAACAUAAACUCCUCGUCAAGGCCGAAGGCGAGACCCAAUACCGCAACCGUGCAGUUUUCCUAGACCUCCGCACAGUCUCCUCCCUCUCCACAAACAUCACCGUGGAUAUCCCAAAAAACAUCGUCCCAGGUUCUGAGCACAUCGAGAUCUCGGCAGUUGGGGACAUUUUAGGGCCCAGUAUUCCGAACCUGGAGUCCCUCAUCAAGCUUCCCUUCGGAUGUGGCGAGCAGAACAUGUUGAAUCUAGUCCCCAACAUCGUGAUCCUGAACUACCUGAAGAACACGAAUCAGCUGACACAAGCGGUCCAGGGUAAAGCCCUUCGUUAUCUAGAGGUUGGGUACCAGCAGGAGCUGACUUAUCGUCACAAGGACGGCUCCUUCAGUGCCUUCGGGGAGUCCGACGAGUCCGGAAGCACCUGGCUGACAGCUUUCGUUGCCAAGUCCUUCAAACAAGCGUCAGAGUACAUCAUAGUUGAAGACAGGAUCAUCAACGAGGCCCUCCUCUGGCUGUCGAACGUUCAGACCCCCAAUGGGUCCUUCCCGGAGGUCGGGAGGGUCUCCCACAAGGACAUGCAGGGUGGCGCCGCCAAGGGCCUCGCACUCACCGCUUAUACCUUGACAGCCUUCUUGGAGAACCCCGAGGCCCAGCAGAAGUACAGGAACACGAUUAACAAGGGGGUGGAUUACAUUGUCAGGAACAUGGAGGGACUUGAUGAUCUGUAUGCUUUGAGCAUUUGUGUUUAUGUGCUGAACCUGGCUAAGCACCCUUACGAGGAUGUGGCCUUUGGGAAUCUGGAGUUCAAGGCUACUACGAAGGAUGACAUGAAGUGGUGGAACAAGACUGUGGAUAAGGAUGAUAAGAAUCCUUGGUUUGAUGCUCUUCCUAGGUCUGUUGACGUGGAGAUGACUUCUUAUACCUUGAUGACCUACCUCCAACGAAACCUCGUGAGUGACGCAAUUCCUGUCAUGAAGUGGCUGGUGAAACAACGGAACCCAGAAGGCGGUUUCUCCUCCACUCAAGACACCGUCGUGGGCAUCUACGCUCUCUCCAAGCUCGGGGAAAGACUCCUAACGAAAAACAACAACAUCGCCAUCACUAUCAAUUACGAGGGAGGUGGCAGGAGCACCAUGAACAUCAACGGCGCCAACGCCAUGAUCCUGCAGAAGCACGUGCUCCCGAAGAAGACUAGGGUCGUCAACAUCACAGCAUCUGGGAAUGGCUUUGCAAUAAUCCAGGUCUCGACGCAGUUCAACCUGAACGUCACGGGGGCCUGGCCCCUCUUUACGUUGGAUCCUCAGGUCGAUAAGAACUCGAAUGAGAAUCAUCUACAGCUGUCCAUCUGCUCCGGGUUCGUUCCCACGAAGGAGAGCAAUGAGAGCAACAUGGCGGUGAUGGAGGUCAGCUUGCCAUCUGGAUUCACUGUGGAUAGGGACUCGUUACCGAGUCUGGAGGUCUCACAGAAUGUCAAGAGGGUGGAGACCAGGAAUGGAGAUACUAUGGUUGUUCUGUACUUUGAUAAAAUGGUGAGGAAGGAGUACUGUCCCACUGUGUCGGCGUUCAGGACGCACAAGGUGGCGAAGCAGAAACCCGUGCCUGUGUCGAUUUAUGAUUAUUAUGAUUCAUCAAGGAGAGCACGAGUGUUCUACGAGCCUCGAGUAUCCACCCUCUGCGACAUAUGUGAGGGUGAGGACUGUGGAGACUUGUGCACGACAAAUCCCAGUGUCCCAGGCACUCAGAAAUCAAAGGACCCCAACGGAUCCUCGCCGUUGCACACUUGUACAUACUUGCUACUUAUCCCAGUGUACCUCAUGCUUGCGAGACACUGAUUACAUUGUUCGAAUUGUUGAGAAGUUGUAAGAAUUUUUAUAAGAUUUUAUAAAUGACGAUGCGUGUACUUCCUGUGUAAUCAAAGUGAUAAAUGAGUAUUUAUGUAGAGUUUUUAGCGUUAAGGAUUAAUAUGUCUAUUUUUAAUUAAAGAAUAUUAAUUAAUAUCAA